AUGGAAACCGGGUUCGAGGUGGCCGAGGACUUGGAUUUCUACAGAGGACGCGUCCACGUCUGGAGCUCCGCGGUUCGGCCCGGCCCGAAUGUCUUCUCGGCCCGCAUCCAGAAGACAAUCAAGCAGGUGCACAACCGCGCGUCGUGUCCCUAUCGCCAGAUGACUCGCGACCACGUGAGAGGUUCCGCGACCUCGAGAGUGCUGCUACCACGAUCGCCCUUCGCCGCGAACUCGCGAGUGCUGCCCUUGCGUGCGCUGCGACCCGCGUCCCCCUCCGCGACAUCGAGAGUGCCGCUGCCCACGCCCUUCGCCGCGACCUCGUGA